UCAGGAUUUUAAUCAGAUUGUAUUCAUGGUUUCUAUAACACCUCUUGCAAUAUGGUUGGUUGUGUCGAUAACGGUGUUAAUUAUUACCGGCACCUCUUGGUGCAUGUACUACAUUGACUUUUGGAUUUUCCGCAUCAGCAAUAGCAUUUGAGCACCGCCAUUAUCAAGGAUGUUUACAAUUCAGCAGUCAAUCGAGCAAAAAAGCCUAGAUUGUUGGGUAGCUUAAUGCAAUCGGACCAUGGAUUACUGAGAGGAAGGCGUUUUCGGGUCAGUAUGAGAGAUUUUCAAUGGUGUCAACAUCUCAUGAUCUUCAGGAUUAUCAGCCUACUGGAAAAGUCCAUAUUACCAGCAAUCAUAUCGAGAUGGAAUGCGGAUCUGUAGUUUGCAACUGACAUUGUGAACCGUCGGACAGUGUUUCGUACAUUAAACACAAAAGAAGUACACUAUACUUCUAGAUAACACAGGACAUUGAACGGUCAAGUUUAGGCGCCAUUUUUCCCACCUAAAAAGCGUCUGAAACACUUCUAUUAUAAUUAGUUUACAAUUUGUCACCGAAAUUGCAGAAAAAAUAUAAUUAUAACUAUUAAAAUAUGACUUUAUUUGAAAAGCAAGUAUGAUUUUAGUAUGUCGAACAUAUAUGAUCACGGACCAUUAAAACCAUUUAUGGGGUUUAUAGGUUUGUGAUAAGAUAUUGAAAAGGAUUCCUGAAUGAUAGGUUGGGAUUGCAAAACCUUAAAAAGUGUCAUUAGAAUUAAACAGUAAAACAUAUGUCCAUUUGGACGGUAUGAAAACCCUUCAAACGUAUUGAACCGAACUUAAAUAAAAAUAGUAUUAAUUAAUACCACGUAAUCAUUAUCGCGGCGCCCCGAAAGACGAUCGGGCCUAUUCUUUAUGCAUUCAUAGGUUCUCGAGAGAUGUCAAUCGGAAUUCUUGUAGCCUACCAAAAUAUUUAUAGUUGUUAUAUCGAGCAAAAUGAAGACAUCGCAGGUGAAUUAAGUGCUGAUUGUUUGCAAUUUUGCACGAGGCUGAGUUAUGGUUGUCUUUUCACAAUAGUAUUGUUAUUUGUUUGUUUUACUGUAAACCGCGGUAUGAAUGGCAAUAUGGCUCCAUAAUGGUUGGUCUUACGUGGCAACGCCACAAUGAGAUUUGAUUGUAGUGUACACAACUAGUCUGACUAUAUUUUAUAUGUUGACCAAAGAUAGGCUCGCACAAAGAAAGCAGUCCAAGGCGAACUAGUAUUGAUUAAGGGACAAACACGCAGAUUGAAUAAAAGGGGGCAUGUAUUCAAAAUGCCAUGAAAGUGUUAUAAAACUAUCAUAUACGUGUUAUGUAUUUCUAACCGAGAGUUCAUAUGUGGGUGGAUAAAAUCGCCCAGUCAUUAUUUCAUUAUUAUGAAAUAAUAAUACAGCAGCCACAAUAAAAAAAUACUACUGUGGUGGAGGAGAGAAACACAAAUCUUUGUAGACAUUCGGCGCCCACGCCAACUUAUUUCAGAGAAUGGCUACAACCAAUAUCAUUGGUUUAAACGUGUCACGUGAUGAAUGCAGUGAAAAAAAUGGUUAAAAUAUUUAGCAUUGCUAUAGGAGAUACCCUAACGCUUAAUAAGGUGACACCCAGCUAAUAUUUAAAUUGCCUAAGUUUGUAAAUGAUUUAAUGGCUUUCCAUAAAAUUUCAUGUAUGAUACCAAUUUUAUAAGUGAGGGGAGCGUGGACGCCUUUGAGUAUCCAGCCAAAAGAAAUUUUAAAGAUAUGUCUAAAACUAUGCUGAGUUAUAGGGUGUGUAACAAACCUUGUAUGCAAUACUGUAUGUACAUAUCUACAACAUGUUUUCUUAUUUAAGCUAUCAUUGCGUAUAUGUAUACAUGUAUAUUUCAUUUCCUGCAAGGUGUGUUUUGGACGGAAAGCCUGAGAGGGAGAGGGAUUCACUUUAAAAUGCACCGCUUUCAAAGUUGUGCUGAUAUUAUUGUGCGUGUCAACAAAGCUUUACAACUAAAAUAUUAGAUGAUUGCUUAUAUUCCAAACUUCAAGUAUAAUACUACAUGUUAAUCAAUAUGGUUAUCGAUCAAUUGCCACAAAGGUCCCAUUGAACCCCAAAGUAAAUACAUGCACAUGUAUACCUUUCGAAAUGGUAAACUGAUCACGAUAAGAAAUAUAUUUAUCUCAAAAAUAUAACACUUAAGUGUUUAGCUUUAUGUUCAACUGGACUUAAAUAUACGAUAUAAAACGAAUAAUAAAUGCAAAAUGGGAGUUUCUUGUAUCUACUUAAAAGUUAUUAAUUGAAAUCGUUCAGUAUUUCCAAUUGUAAAUACACAUGCAAUAAAGACAAACACUCAAAAUGGGGAUAUUCCAUGUGCUAUUUAAGACUAGUGUAUCACGUCGUAUGCGUCUCCAGGCUCUGGCAAACGUGUUCUGCGCCGUGCUCAUGUGGACUUUGACGUUGAUAGGGAUGUACGUGGGUUUCUUCCACAUAGUACCUAGCUGCUAUAGUACCAAAGCCGUGUUCUGGCACCGACUGGCCAUCUUGUACACAUUUACAGGGGCCAUUGGGAACUACCUCACAUGCAUCGUGACUAAAACAGACGUUAAAAAGAUCCCGACGAUAAAGGAUUCUACGUCGUUACAAAAGGACGCACGAACAACCGCCCAUGGCGUCAAAGGCAGUGAGACGGUUGACGCGGACGUUCAAGAGUCGAUAGUUCCGGUAUGCGGGCGCGGCCGGGAACGGUUCUGUCUCCCGUGUGAUAUGCAGGUUCCGAUCCGCUCUUACCACUGCUAUCUGUGUGAGAAAUGUAUCGUCAAGCGCGACCAUCACUGCUUCUUUAUGGGAGUCUGCAUAGGCCGGGAAAACCACAUCUACUUUAUAUGUUUCACAUUGUUUAUGGGCAUUGGCUCAUUCUAUGGUGUAUUGUUAUUAGCCAAAUAUUUGAAUUUCUUGUACCAUAUACAGUUUCAAGGACCACAGACGUUUUUGGUGUUAUUCUUCAACAUUCUGAUUGGAUUUUUUCGAGGACAGAUCCCCACGUCCCGUUUCAUGGGAUUGUUCGUCCUUCUGUAUAUCAGUUUGGCCACCAUGAUUGUCGCUUUCGGAUUUUUCGUUCGGCAUAUGAUGCUAGUGCUAAAAGAGCAGACGACAUUUGAGGCUAAAUUUGGAGUCACGCGCUAUUCAAAAGGAGGAUGCUACGACAACUUCCGGCAGGUGUUUAAUGCCCGAUCCCUCGUGUCCCUGGUACUUCCACUCUGGGACCUCGCGACGGGGACGAACUAUUGUAGGAUAUCCAGAAAAUUUGAUUGAAAGAAUACUGAUAAAGUAGCUAGUAUAAAUUAAAAUAUUGUCCAUGAGUAUGUGUAUUUGACAGACCGAAACGUUUCUUGGAAUACGCAAGUUCUUUAAUUACUUUAUUACAUUAAAAUGAGUUAACAUGUGUGUGUAACAUACUCAGUUAUAAGUAUAUGCCUUAUUCAGUUAUAACCCUCAGACCAUGUGUUUACAACCAUUCAUGUAAAGUAUCCAGCCGUUUUCCUUUAAUAUAUCAUGUGACCACAUAUAGCUUUCAGGUUUUUAAACUGAGGCUUUUUAGAUCUAGGGUCAGUUUCACAAGAAAAUCUCUUCCGUCUAAAAUCCUGUUGUCCGAAUCAUUCGAACACAACCUACAUUUUCCGCCAAUGGAAAUGCAUUAAGGCAUUAAGUACUGGGCUUAAUCAUUAAGAAUUUCUCUUUCCGCGGGUGCUUAAAGGUCCGCCUUUGCAACUCAUUCGAUACACACUCCCUACGUCAGAUUUUGCGUUGGCAAUGUGUCAGCCAAUGAGGUAAUAUUUCAAGACACUUCGACGACCUGAAUAAGAAGUGCUCGUUCGCUGCACUCACUCCGCCCAUUCUUAAUCAUUGAAUUAUUUGAUCAUGUCAUAUAACCAUUACUUCGAAGUGAUUGAAAUUGUGUCCCAUUCCUAGUAUGCAAUCUCAUUAAAACCAGCUCCCCAGUACACGCUUCACGACGUUACGCUAUGUUUGAUGCGGGCUAAAUAACCAAGAACAGUGGAACACAUCAUUUGAAAGAAAUAUCAAUUUGAUUUCAGUUUUAAAUCUUUAUAAAACACCGGAACGCAUAUAAUAAAUAUGAUAGUGGGGUGGGGGCGUAAAAGGUUCUACUCAAUAUCUUGGACGAAAUGUGCAUGAAAUGAAAUUAUGGGGUUGUUUGUUUGGGUUUUUUUUUUUCCAAAACGCAAAAGAAGACUGUAUGGUCAAAACAAAUUGGUUCAAUCCUUCUUCGUGUUCAGCUGACGCUGAUUCGACUUUUAGUAUAAGCAAGUCGAUCCCGAGUUUUAAAAUAUUGA